AUGAAUUUUGCCAGCGUUUCCUUUUCUCAUUCCAUUCAUUCGUUGGCUUAUAGCACUCACUAUAGAAAUGUGUGUUGCGUCGGAACAUUUGAUUUGAACCAUUGGUAUCAUCGAGGAGAGAUUCAUGUAUGCCAUGUAUCAUCUUUUAACAAGAUUAGUGAAGACGAUGAAACGAGUUUUCAUGAUUUAAAUGAAAAACCUUUGAUUAAACAAAUUGCAGUGCUGGACAAUAAAGUGGGAGUGAACAAAUUAGUGUGGUCCGAGAUUUUUAAAGAAUUGAUAGCAUCAGCCAAUCAUGAUGGAACUGUGACAUUGUGGAAUGUCAACCAAAGCCAAAAAGUAAUUUCAAUUCUGGCAGAUAAGGGGUAUUCAAUUUCAUGUGUGGAUUGGAAUCAAUUUGGCGAUUCUGCCACUCUGCUUCUUGUAGGAUCUACAUCCUCAAGGAUUAAAUUAUUUGAUUCGAGAAAUUUUGAAUAUGUGGUGGAACAGUUUGCAGAACACACAAAAGUUAUUAAUGAUGUAAAAUGGAAUACUAACAAUAAGGAUGAAUUCGCAAGUGUCAGUGACGAUGGACUUGUUAAAAUUUGGGAUAAGAGAGUUAAGAAUAGCAUAAACACAUUAUUGGACAGAGAACAAGGAGGAUCUCCACUCAAAUGCUGUGACUGGCAUAAGCAAAACGAUUGGAUUUUAGCAGUUGGUAAUGAUAAAGGCCAGCUUAUAAUUUGGGAUACCAGAAAUGAUUUACAACCUAUUCAAAGACGACAAGCUCACUCAGCAUCUGUACAGUGUCUUUCAUUCGACAGCUCAGACGUUUCUAGAGUAAUGACAGGAUCAAAGGAUCAAACGUUGAGGGUUUGGAGCUCCAUCACAAAUUCAAAGCAGCAACAAGAAGGUAUUUAUUUAACACAAGAACACAAAAUUCACAGAGAAUACGUGCGAACUGUCGACUGGAAUAUUCACAAUCCAAAUAUUAUCACCUCUGGAAUGAGAGAAUAUGAAGUGGAAGGCUCUCUAGUGACUGAAAAAACGAGACCUCAAACGUUGUCCAAGCUUUGA